GCGGUCGGGGCCAGAGGCCGGGGCGGAAACGCGGCGGUCGGGGCUGCUGGGCGGUGCAGACUGUGAGGUCGCGGCGGGCGUCGCGGUGCGGCACCGGCGGGGACGCGGACCGCAGGGCCUGGCGCCGGACACUGUGCCUCGCGUCCUUUCGGAGCUGAGCCCCUUGCCGGAGUGUGCCCGGAGUGUGCGCGGAGUGGCCGUGGGGCGGGGGCGCCAUGAGGCCCGCAGCCCCGCACCGCCUGCUCCUGAGCUCCCUCUGCCUGGCGCUGUGCUGCCUGGGCGGGGCGCGCGGGUCCCGGAGGAGUGACAACCAUGAGUGGAAAAAACUAAUUAUGGUUCACCACUGGCCUGUAACAGUGUGCAAGGAGGUUGAGAACGACUGCAGGGACCCUCCAGAUUACUGGACGAUACAUGGAUUAUGGCCUGAUAAAGCAGAAGAAUGUAAUGGAUCAUGGCACUUUCACUUAGAAGAGAUUAAGGACCUUAUGCCUGAAAUGAAGAUGUACUGGCCUGAUGUGAUCCAUCCACUCAAUCACAGCCAUUUCUGGAAGCACGAGUGGGAGAAGCACGGCACCUGUGCUGCCCAGCUAGAUGCCCUCAACUCCCAGAAGAAAUACUUUGGUGGAAGCCUGGACCUGUACCGGGACCUUGACCUUAACAGCAUGCUCCAAAAAUUGGGAAUAAAGCCGUCUAUCAACUACUACCAGGUUUCAGAUAUUAAAGAUGCCCUUGCUGGCAUAUACGGAGUCAUACCUAAAAUCCAGUGUCUUCCACCACAACAGGGUGAGGAGGUACAGACGAUCGGGCAGAUAGAGCUGUGCUUCACCAAGGAGCUGCGGCUGCGCAACUGCACGGAGCCCGGGGAGCCUGGCGGGCCUGGGGGGCCGGCGCCCCGCAGGCCCAGAACGGGGGUGUCGGGGGACACCGGGCUGGAGGUGUGCGAGGAUGGCCCCGCCUUCUACCCCCCGCCGCCGGGGGCCGUGCCCUGAUGCCCAACGCCCUGGGGAUGAGGAAUCGCUGCUGGUCAGAAAGCAGCUGCCAAGUGGAACGUUCUGUUUACGACUGUAAAGGAGGCUGUUCUGUUGUCUUCCAUUUCCCUUCACACCCGCGAGCUGACGUCGUGGUUCCUGUGAAUCUGGGUUGCAUGUGGGUACGUUGGAAGAAAGGCGAUCUCCCACGCCUUGGUAGAUGCUUUGUGGUUGGAAUAAAGGACGCAGAUUUGC